CCCUACUUCCCUCAGCUGCCCUUUACCCUCCUCGGCAGAUCCUGCUAGUGAUUUCAGAAAAACAUUAUCCUCAAUCUUAAUCGACCCUCCAACAUCGCUAUCAUGUUCUCUCGAUUCUUCGCCUCUCUGUUCCUCGUCUGUGCUCUCAUCGCUCUCAUGGUCCCCUUGACGAGCGGCGCGCCCACACCUACCAAGCAACUUCGCCAGUUCAGCUAUAAAGACACUCAAGUGAAGAGGGCUGGUGGUGUUCCCGCCGGUAAUCAAAACCUUGCUCGGUCCCCCCAACCAUCCCACGCUCGUCGCUCUAACCCUUCAUACGUCCCUCGUUCCGGCCCUUCGUAUGUCCCUCGCUCUGGCCCUUCAUACGUCCCUCGUUCCGGUCCUUCCUACGUCCGACGAGAGCCUGAGCCUGCCGCUGCUACGCAACUUCCCUUCGAACACUGAACCUUUUCUUUUCAUUCGUACACUCACCCAUCCUACGACUUUACCUUCUUUGUAUAUACCUACCUCAUUUGCACACUGCUCAGGAUCUGGACAUCAGUAGACUGUAGACAUAGACACUCGAUAUUGGCAUAGACACUCGAGACUGGUUUUCAACGGAUAAUCAAUUUGAACUUUGCGUUUACCAUUAUAUUUUGAGCUUUCGGGCAACUUUCGGGAAUAUCUUUCUCAAA